AUGUCUGAACCCGCCUAUCGUCUCGUCCUUCGUGGCCUCUGUAUAGAUUGCGAGUGCAGGGAGUUCUGCGUCAUUGGCCCUAACCAUGACAUUCGCAUUCAACCGCUUCACUAUCAGGAAAUCUGUUCCUGUAGCCACCCCCUGAAGAGCCACACCCCUGCUGAGCUUCCUCAGCAUCAUCCCUUCAAGUACCUUGAGAGAGGAGGGUGUCCCCUUCGGCGCUGCACUGGGUAUGAGCCAGUUGACGGAAUCUACGGGCCUCAAGCAAUAUGCCUCUGCGAAGGGACCUGGCCAGGCCACGGCCGACCUGCCUGGAGGACUCUCAAUGUACCAACUCCAGCGUCUCUCCUGCCGUCCAGCGGUCCUUCAUCUAUUGCAGCACAUUAUCUCCCUCCGCCAGUCUCAUCUUUCCCUUCCAUGUCCCUCCCUUCUGUUCUCUCAGGCAUUCUCCAAGCUACUCAACCCACUGCCCCGCCAAUCUCAGAAUUUUGGCUUCCAUCUACUCCUGUUGGCGCCAAUGCCACACAUACCACAAGUAUGGCCCGGAUGGCUGAGGCACACAGCGAUGCCGCCCGGAGCGGCCUCAACCUCGCACGCUCAAGUCCUCGGCCCCGUCCCUAUCCGACCACGCCAUCCUCCUCGCGAGCGCCAUCCUCCACAGCUAAUACCCACCAGGAUUUUUUAGUGGUUCUGAUUCCAACCCUGCUCUCUCCCUCUUCCCAUAUCCCUCACGGCGUCCCAAAUAUCUGGAAAAUAGGCUUUUCUGCCCCUUCCCUACCUACUCUUCUGCAGCACCUUCACAGCUGCGAUCUUGUCUUUUCUCUUGCCAUCGUAUCAACUUCUUCUUCUGAGUUCAUUGAGCGCCUCGACUCUGCUGUCCUUUCCCACCUGGAGCAUCACUCCAUUCACUUUCCUUCCUGCCCAUCCCCCAGCAACCCACCAACUCUGUCUGACAGGGUUUGGACUGUUCUUGCCCCCAAAAAACACGACAACCACAUCAGCCUCAAGCCCACCAAUGUGAUCACCGACAACACCUUCACGGUUCCCACUUUGCAGCGCACAUAUAGGGCGUAUCCCUGUCCUCUCACGCUGUUUCCAGGACACAAAUUGAUCAUACUUUGUCCUGCAUUUGGUCUUGUCACGGCCACCCUCAAUGUUUCUCAACGGUUCCCUUUGCCUGUUGAUGCUGAAUGCCCUCACCAGCAUCAUGCCUGCUGGGGGUUCCGGGUGUUGGUCCUCGCAUCGUUGGAGCCACACGUUCCUGCAGACACUGCCCGCUGCCUUCAACUCUGCCCUGCUCAACCCCCUCCUCUCCUGCCAUCCACACCUCCACCUUCCGCGGUCAUGGAUAUCGCACCUGUGGUACCCUCUAUACGUCGGCGCGUGGAGGAUCCUGCAGAUCCCUUACCGCCUCCUCCCCAGUUCAUCGAGAUUGAUGACUCUGAUGAACCUAGCGACACCUUACCCCAUGGCCUCCCUCCCCUAGACUCUGAUGAUGACAUGCCUAUGAGUCCCUUUGAGGGAAUCCUGCCAUGCUGCCCUUCUUCCAUCACAUCGGUGACGCCUCAGGGUCAGGCAGUCAUCGCGUAUGGGCCACGGCAGAUCACUGUGUUCCUCCGUCACAUCGCUCCUUCUAAUGUAUCAAUAGCUUCUCUAGGUGAGGUGCAUGUAACCUCGGUGGAAGUUGGUGCCCGCCUCUUUCUUUACAUUCUCAAGCGUCAGGCCGGUCGAUACCCUCCAUCUUUCCUUUCACUGGGUGAUGGGCCCAGAGCUCUCCCGGCUUUUGUCAAUCCUAUGGGCGUUCGAUCAACAUUCGUAGACCAGCCCUUGUACAGGCUCCUGCGGGGCACACGCGCUUUCUCGUACCAAGCCAGGUCGAGUUCCGGAUCUGCUCCUCUUCGCACCUCCCUGCAUUGUGCUCUUGCUCUGAUUGAGACUGACAAGGCCCCCAUGGAGAUCUGGUCACGAUCUGUAUAUGGGGAUCAUAAUCUGGUCCCCGAAUUCUCUCCUCUCUCAAUGGAAUCCAUGAACCCUGAGCGCUUGCUGACAUUAGCUGCACACACAACUCUUCUUGCUGUACACAUGGUCUCCUUUGGGCAGGCCAUUGUCGUGAACUUCUGGCUGGUCCUCCUCCUUGUGCUGGGGGAGAACACAUUUCACCUCUCUCCUGACGUCAUUCGCAUCAUCGACCCAGGGCUUGCGCAUGUGCUUGACCCUUGGCUGCGCCUUGGGUCCAGUGACGCCCUGGACGCCUCGGCCCUUGGAGUACUGCAUAACUAUGGCCAGAUACCGCCUGACAGCAUACCAACUUCUCAUACAGGUGGGGUCCACAUGGAGGUAAUUGGAUGCAUUGCGUUCGUCCUCGUCUUUGGAUCCCCAAAGGCCACCGUUGUCUCGUCUCCAGAGGUUCGGGCACUCUGCUGGGGGCUGAAUGUUCCGCUUGGGCCCUCGCGAAACUUCAUCACAGAGCUCUCCAGCCAUCGCACGUUCGACCAAAUAGCCCUGCUGAUCAGCUCCAUGUAUCGGGUCCACCAAGUUCCGGUCAACAUGGUACUGGAGCAUCUCUGGUUCACCCUUCAGCCAGCCGCUCUUGCCCAUGGGGACUGGGUUCAACAAUUUAGUAAGGUCUUCAAAAUGCGGGUACGGUCAUUCCUCUCCAUCCCCGGGCAUCCGCAAAGCGCGUGUGGCACCACUGUUUCAGUGGCUGACUUUGACAAGGAGACAGCGAACACCUCCCUUCGAGCGUCCCUCCUCCUGCAGGCCUUUGUCGGUACGCCUUCUGUUCCCAUUGAGAUAAUUGACUGGUCCCUGGAGCGCUUCUCUCCUGGCAGCGCCAGAGUCGACAGAAGCGCCCACCUCAUCUCCUUCCAUUCUUGCUUCAGGCAGGCUGAUGUCAAGAUCAACAUGGAAGUCGUGGAGCUUCUGUUCUCAGAAAACAGUGUUCCGUUUGAUAGUGAUGACGACGAGGCAGAGUACUCUCCUCCAGCAACCCGGAGUCGUCCUUGUCGGCGCAGUCAUGGCCAAGUCCCACCUUCAAGCACCCUGGCUCAACCCCUUGAGUCUGCCCACCAGAUUGAUCACCUUCCUGAUCCAAAUGCAGGCAUUUCCAGCACUAGGCGCAGCGCACGCACCUCACGCCGACCACGAGCACCCGACUCACCUGUAUUGUUCACUCCAGCCAGCGUCCCUCAUCAGACUCCUCCUCCUGAGCAACCAGCCAUCCCAGAGGCCCCUCCUCCUGAGCAACAGGCCAUCCCAGUCACCGGCUCUGGCACCGCUCUGGAAGAACCAGUCUCGCCCCAGCACAUCAAUCCUCAAGACCCCGCCGCAUCCGCCUUGCAAGAGCUGGCACAGAGUCUCGGCUUGUCACAGCUCGCGCACCCUCCACCUACACAAGACCUGCCAUCGCAACCCAUGCCACCCCACAGCAGACCGCCUGCGCUUCCGCACAGCCCAACUCACCAGCCUGAGACCAUUCCACUUUCUGUUACGGUCACAGGAUCCAUGGACGAAGGCCACUCUCUGCAGGUGGUUGCCCCUCCUCCUUCUGCUGCUAUGGAUGCUGCUGAGCCUGCCGGGUCUGCAACAGUGGGAAGCAGAAUCAUGGCUGUGAUCAAGAGCAGACUCUAUGAGCAUGUGUUUGUAGUCACCGAUCCUUCCCCGACGGUCGCCCCUUCUCUUAACUGUGUCAUACAACUUCUUCACGGUGCGGGCUCUUCACAAGCUUGCCUGCUGGCAAGCAUUUCUGCUAGGCCAGACUGCAUGCACGUUGCCACAGCACAUGACCCUGUCCCUCUCCAACAACUCUUCAUCCAUGGUUUGCAGCACGGUUUCCAGGAGUUUGGUUAUCUCUCAGACUUGCCGGGUGUAGUCGGCACUCUGCAGCUGCCUCCUCUCCACCCUUCUACUCUUCAAACACGGCUUCUUACCAGCUUCAACCCCGACUCGACGCCGGCCUAUGUCCUCUAUCUCUACAAGGAACCGUUGGGCGACAACGACACCCAGCCGGCCGUGGUUCUGCCUGCUAUGUCACCCAACCCCCUUCUGGAGAGGGACCUUUACCUGGCCCACCAUUACGGGCCCUUGCGCGACCGGUACAGGGAUCUCUUGUGCUGCACCUCCAACACCCUUUGGAAGGCGAAGUCCCUCAUCCAGAAUUGGUACGGCCACCACGUCGCUGCCACCAUCUUGCAGGCAUUUUCCAUGGCCUCAGCCUUGAAUGCCACCGUGACAGUUCCCGGCAGCACCAGCUUCUCCCAGGGAAAUAUCCUACAAUGGCUUGAGCUGAGUCAGAACCAAUUCAAUGAUAUGGCGACGCUCAAAAAUAAAACAAGCACCGCCGUCCUUUACCUAGAGGGCCUCACCCACCUGUCGGACUUCCAGGCACGUACUUGGAAGUUAAUCAGGAUGCUUCAGAAUCCUGCGGGCGCUGUCAUGUCAGGUCCUGCUAGUGGUUUGGAUGUGAGGAACUAUGAGCUUGACACAGACACACGUGCAUUACUUGCCACCUCCCUCUCUUCAUUCGCAGGGGAUGUCCACGUUGUAUAUACACAGGCGACCCACAGCCGUACCCAGUAG